UCCUCGUCUUACAGUCUGUCUAAAUAUAACGCAUUCUGAUGAUCUCUAUGUUGCUCCGCCGUACGUUCGGUGUACUGUCAUUUGCACGAGCACCGCUGUUAGAAGCUGCUCGAUGUCCGUUUGGCGGAUCGCAUCUGUCACCUGCUAACUCCACUAAUCGAGGUUACGAGGCCGAUUUUAUCGUCUGCCGACAACUCAACUUUUCGACCGGACACCGGGUGCAGUGCUAUUGGUUCCUCACUGAUCACGCCCAGUCUGUGCUUUCUUUCGCUCUGAAACCGUUGUUGCUCAACAAGCUCGCUACUUCCAUCUUUUUCCCGCCUUAUUUGCUCAGACGGCAUAUGGCUACUAGUGGGAAAGUUGAUCUGAACUCCCCCUCCACCAGCUGGAAGGAAGCAAAAAGUUACCUGAAGGGUUUGAACAACAAGAAAAGGCGUGAACAUUAUGGCAUGAAAGAUUUUAUCAAACUCAAGGACAUUCCCACAUGGAAAGAUGCUGCAAAAAAGCGGAAUGUUAAACAGCCUGAAGAGGUGAAAUAUCCAAAAAACAAGGAUCUCAAUGAAAAAAUCUCCCUCUUCAGGGGUGAUAUCACCAAAUUGGAGGUAGAUGCCAUUGUCAAUACAGCUAACAGUUCCCUGUUGGGAGGUGGAGGGGUGGAUGGAUGCAUACAUCGGGCAGCAGGUCCUCUCCUAAAGUUAGAAUGUAGCUCUCUUGGUGGGUGUGAAACUGGACUGGCCAAAAUGACAUGCGGUUAUCUCCUUCCUGCCAAAUAUGUGAUUCACACAGUGGGUCCUGUGGCACAAGGUCAGCCAGGGCCCAGUCAGGAGGAAGAUCUGAAGAAUUGCUACAAGAACAGCCUGAAAGUGGCAGUGGAGGGCAAACUGUGUUCUGUGGCAUUCCCUUGUAUUUCCACAGGAGUAUUUGGAUACCCCGCAGAUGCAGCAGCUGAUGUGGCCCUGGGAGUAAUUAGGAGUGUUUUGGAGGAGGGCAAGGACAAGUUUGAUCGCAUCAUCAUCUGUGUUUUCCUGGAGAAAGAUGAACAGAUUUAUCUCCAGAAAUUUCCUGAAUACUUCCCUUUGGCCUAAUGUAGAGGUGACCCUCUAUGUGAGGAACUCUGUGGACUUGUCCAGUAAUCUGUAGGAGAACUCAUGGAGAUGUUUGAUCCUACACUCUUCAUUCACUGUUCUCCCUUCAUAUUUACAUUUAAAAUAAGUAAAGUCAAUGCUAUAAUCA